AUGAUGACGUGCCGUCUGCUGUGCGCCCUGUUGGUGCUUGCCGCGUGCUGCUGCCCGUCCGUGUGCGUGACAGCGACUGGUGGAGAACAAAAAGAAGCCGAUAGUUCAACGACUGCUCAGUCACAGGGAACAAGUGGUGCAGGGCAAGCAAAUAAUUCCACGGAGCCAAGUUCAACUGGUACGGAAGUUACGUUAUCGGGACCCCAAAGUCAGGACAGUAAAGGAAAGGCAUCAGGUGGAGUGCCCGCUCCGGCAGGGAACUCAGAUCCAGCAGGUCCGGCGUCUGAUACAGAACAGGGACAGGGUGGAUCCGGUAGGUCAGGGAGUUCAGGUACGGCGGCCGAUACGGUACAGAAAAAUGGUGACGACGAUACGACAGACUCAACACGUGGCAAUAAUUCAUCCACAGACCAAACAAAUACGAAUGCCGACGAUCCGGCCGAGAAGACCACGGCGACCACUACCACUACUACGACAAGCACGACGACAACUACAACACAGGCACCAAGUACCACGACUACGGAGGCGCCAACUACAACGACCACCACUCGCGCACCGUCACUUCUUCGCGAAAGCGACGGCAGCCCCAGCAGCUCUGCGUGGGUGUGUGCCCCGCUGCUGCUCGCCGUAUCCGCGCUGGCGUACACCACUCUGGGCUGA